CCAAAGUUCCCGUCGCUGCGUUCAGGCAGCCGCCGGCGACCAGUGAAUGCUUCCGCAUCCCGUCGCGCAAAAGGUAGCUGAGACGAGUGUCCAGCCGCCAGCGAGCCUACCCUACCCGAGCUCACCCACAUCGGCAGCCGCCACCGCCGCCGCCGCGUUGCUGCGCGCAGAGGAGGAGCGUCAUGAUUUGAUCCUCUGAAUCUUUCCCCACGCCGGGCGAUACUUCCUAUGCGCCACCGCCGCCCGCGGAUCACACAGCAGCGGCAGUAGCGCGAGGGAGGCAGUCAGAGGCCGAAAGAUUUGGAUCGAUGGAGAUCCGCGCCCGCGCGCCCGGCAAGAUCAUCCUCGCCGGCGAGCACGCCGUCGUCCACGGCUCCUCCGCCGUCGCCGCCGCCAUCGACCUCUACACGCAGUCCUCCCUCCACCUGCCCCCGCCAGGGGAUGGCGGCGCCGGCGGGGAGGUGGAGGUCGACCUGACGGACUCGGGCCUCGCCUUCUCCUGGCCAUGCUCGCGCCUCCUCGAGGCGCUGGGGGAGACCUGCCGCAAGGCGGAGCUGCAGGCCCCGAGGCCCUGCUCCCCGGAGGAGCUGGCCUCCAUUGCCAGGCUCGUGGAGCUGCACGAGAUACCCGAGGCCAAGAUCUGGCUCUCCGCAGGCCUCUCCGCGUUCCUCUACCUCUACACUUCCAUCCUGGGGUGUAGGCCUGGGAAGGUCGUGGUGAGCUCGGGUCUGCCGAUGGGCGCGGGGCUUGGUUCGUCGGCCGCGUUCUCCGUGUCGUUGUCAGGCGCGCUGCUGACGGCGGCAGGAGUGGUUUGCGCUGAGGGCGCCGUCGACGGAACAGAGUGGCGGUUGUUGGGGAAGGAUCAUCUUGAGCUGGUUAACACGUGGGCGUUCCAGGGGGAAAAGAUUAUUCAUGGCAAGCCUUCUGGCAUUGACAACGCUGUCAGCACUUUUGGGAGCAUGAUCAAAUUCAAGAAGGGAGAAUUGACAAACCUCAAAUCUGGCAAUCCAGUCAAAAUGCUCAUUACUGAUACAAGGGUUGGUAGGAACACCAAGGCUCUGGUUGCUGGUGUGUCUGAAAGAGCAUCUAGGCAUCCCGAUGCUAUGGCUUCCGUCUUCCAUGCAGUGAACACCAUUAGUGAAGAGCUUUCCAGCAUUGUCGAGUUAGCUGCCACUGAUGAGAUAGCCAUGACCUCAAAGGAAGAAAAGCUAGCAGAACUCAUGGAGAUGAACCAAGGUUUGCUCCAGUGCAUGGGAGUCAGCCAUUCCUCUAUAGAAACCGUGCUGCGCUCGACAUUGAAGUAUAACUUGGUCUCGAAGCUCACCGGAGCUGGUGGUGGAGGCUGUGUUUUGACGUUGAUACCAACUCUAUUGUCCAAGUUAGUUUUGGAGAAGGUCACCACGGAGCUAGAAUCGCAUGGUUUCCGCUGCUUCAAAGUCGAGGUCGGUGGACAAGGUCUUCAGAUUCACCAAGGAUAAGAUAAUGCUCGCUCCUCUUUCAAUGGAGAUGUUGUACACUAUUUUUAGGUUUGCUUGACCUUCUGAGACGAAAGUAUUCUUUCUAUUCUGUGCCUAGCAGACCACUCACUGUAUCAAUCAAUAAGCGAGUUUGUCAGUCGCAUGAUUGUUGUUGUAUCAGAUCAAUAAACCCUGUUCCAUAGUCGGGCGUGGUUGGAAGGAAUAUUUGAGGUGCCAUGUUGCAUCUGAUCUGAUGUAUCAUUGUUAUCAAAGUUGAGUUCAUUGGGUUGGGUCAUUUUUCUUGUAAUAAAUAAACUCUCUGCCUGCUC